CAGUCUAUAGACAACGAGCAGUUGUCAGCAGGUUCAUGCACUUCCUGGUUGCACCCCUCCCACACAGGCAGCCAGACAGAUCUGAUCCACCAAUCAUCUGACAACUUGAUCACAAACUGACAGAAUAAAAAAAUGCAAAUUGGGCUGUAAAGUGACAGCGGCCAAUCCUGGAACCCAGUGCAGUAACCAAUGAAGAGGAAAAACACCAAUGACUGUCUGCCUUACAUUGCAACUUCAGGAACUUGCCUUUGGUUUCGAGAUUGCUCUGCAGAGGGAGGCUUGUGCAUGGCCAAUCCCUGCUGUACCUGCCCUGCAGCUUGUGAGUAGCUCAGAGGAAUACUUUACGCGGAUACCUGGCUUUCUGUGCUCGCAUAAGAAACUAGCCCACUGGCUACUUGCUGCCUUGUAACAUGAACACUGCCAGACUUUAAAGAAAGAGUGAAAGCAAGAGAAAAAGAAGAUACAUUCAUUGAAGAAGGUCACGGCAAAACAAACCACGUCCAGCAUUCCCCCACAGCUUGCAUGAAUGUAAAGAUGGAUGACGCAAGAAUAUCAAGCACAUCCUAUUCUUUGAAGAUGUUGAGCAGCUCAGACUCCAUUUUCUUCUGCACUUAGAAUAAGUAGAGGAACACGGUGCACAUAAAUGGGUACACUGAAUACUUGACCCUACAUAGCGUUUGUUAUAUUUCUCAGGACUUUAUCCUGUGUGGGCCUGUACCCAAAAUAUCAGGGUAAGGUCACUAUGGAAGAUCAUCAGCUGUUCAAGGGCAACCUUGCAAUUGGCAAUAACGAAAAUUUGUACUUUCAACAAUUACAAAAUGAAGCAAACAGCCAAUCUCUAGACCACAGCUACGAUUCACUGGACACCAAUGCUUCAGAGUCUUCUUCAUCAUCUCCUCAUUUAUCCCAUGAGUCUAGAAAUCUUGCUUUGCCGGCAGUUACUAAAAGUGUCAGACCUGUGGACGCAGCCAGUCCGGCACAUUGGACGUAUUCUGCGUCUGGCAACCAUAUCCAGGGGAGAAUAAUUCAUAAUUUAAAUAGCUACGACCAAAACUUGUCAUGGAAUUCGCAGACACAAAAUGAAAUCGUAGACUCUUUCCAGCUGCCAUGUUUUGAUCAACUCAACGAAAAUAGAACGAAAAUGACCAGUGGUGCUUUACACAAACUCGACUCGUUUACAAAGGUAUUUGCGCGGCAGAAUUUAAGAAAUCCUUCCGCAUCUCAGGGACUUCAUGAACAGCCAUCUCUAAUGGAUAGUGACAGUGCACUAAGGCAGCUGCUUUCUGUCAAACUAGGGGCUGAGCAGUCAUCCCUUACAGCAACCAUGGACAGGUACCAACAAACGCAACCAAACCUCCCAAAUACACCACAGAAGCAUCAAAUGCAAGCGAUGCAGCACCCACAGCAGCAUUUUUUCUAUGAAUACCCACAGCAUGUAAGCCAGUUGCAGUCAGAGUCUUUAAUGCAACAAGGCCAACAGUAUUUGCAACAAAUUCAGUCUCAUCAGUUGUUACCGCAGCAAGCGCAACAAUCUCAUUAUUACAUCCAAGAUGCUCAGUCAGGCCAGCAGCGUGCAUCAUCUCAGGAAAUGCAGCAACAACGUCAGUUCUCAGGUCAAGUGCCUCAGUAUUACCAUUCGCAGGCUGCAAGGCCAGAGCUGCAUCACACAAUGCAAUCACUGCAUCAUCAUAUGCAAAUGCAACCUGCCUCCUAUCACAGGGAUUGCAAUCAAAAGACUGAGUAUUACCAGCAGGAUCAAACACAAACCAUGCAGCUCAUUCAGCUGGGAUCAGUGCCACAAUAUGCUUAUCAGCACUCGCAGCCCUUUAGGCACACGUACAAGCAGAACCUGGUGCCACAGCAGCAAUCUCUGCACCAAGACUCAAGCCAGCAGAAAUCAUACGAAAGCCAAUCUCAAGUUGUCAUGGAAAGCGCAGUGGGAUUUACAAAUGUAGACACCGUAGAUAAUUAUAACAAUCAUGAUGUGGAUGGUAUUGGAAACACUGUAUCUCAGCAUGCUGCCCUGCCACAGGACUCUUCAUUUAUGGUGAAUAGCAGAGGACCACAUCCAUCUUCAACUGCUGCCUGGCCUCAGGUUCUCUCUGAUGUCACUCUUCCCACGGUUUCACCAGAUCACAGAGGAUUGUAUUCCGAAAGAGAAGACUCCAAAAACCGACUCACAUGCUCCAUGUGCUUUAAGGAAUUCAAAAGCCUUCCGGCACUGAAUGGCCACUUGAGGUCACAUGGUGGGGUGAGACACUCAAACCUAAAACAAGAGGAAGGAGACGAGCAGCAGGCGAGCGAGAUGGAUAGCGUUCCCCCAAUUGUUAUGCCUGUUUCUGUGCCUGUAACGCUUUCCAUGUCUGAGCCUAGUCUGCAAACCAGCUGCAAAGAGGAAAAAGUCCAGCCCGAGAGCUGUGCGUCGGAUGAUGACAUGCCAGUCCUUACGAGGAUGUCCUCCUCCCCGCCGUCCUCACCAAAAGCGGUCAGCUCAUGCGCAUCUUCUGAAAUUAUUAGUAAGCUUCACCAAAGCAGAUCGAAAUCUGGCAACUCAGACAGCCUCAAACCUCAGCAGGAAAAGAGAAAGUACCGGCAUCGACCAGAACCACUGUUCAUCCCUCCUCCUUCCUUCAUCGGCAAUUCAUUUUAUUCUGGUGCCACCUUGUACCAAAGUCAGCUGCGCUCUCCCCGUGUCCUGGGGGAGAAUUUACUAGCUGGAGUUCAGGAGUUACCUACAUACACGCCACCUCCGAUGCUGAGCCCCGUGCGCCAAGGAUCAGGCCUGUUCAGCAGUGUUAUCACAGCUAUACACAACACACACCUUCCACUGACUCCGCUCACACCUUCACCGAGAGUGCUGCUUGGUCGCCCUUACAGCAUUGAUGCCGGCAGUACAACAGUAACACCAGGGCCAGGAGAACAGACCGUUGAUGUUGAACCGCGGAUUAAUAUAGGAUCAAGAUUCCAGGCAGAUAUUCCAGAACUUCAAGGUCCGUCAUCCCUUGAGAAAGAAACGGACAAUGCAACCCUGGUUUGGACACCGUUGCCAGAUCUAGAAAACAGAGAGUCCCAACAAAGAGUGGACAUUUUUCUGAGCAUGUCUUGCUCCAGUGUGCUGCCUGGAGGAGGAACCAAUCUGGAAUAUGCAUUGCACCUUCUCUAUGAGUGCAAAGGGAACAUCACGAGGGCGCUGGAGACACUGCUUUUGAGAAACCCCCAUAGGCUGCAUAACCAUCCCUUAGCAAAUUACCAUUAUGCAGGAUCAGACAAAUGGAACGCUACUGAAAAGAAGAACUUUAACAAGGCAGUAAAUACCUGCAACAAAGACUUUUUUCAUGUACAAAAAAUGAUCAAGUCAAAGACUGUGUCACAGUGUGUAGAAUAUUACUACACCUGGAAAAAGAUCUUACACCUGGGGAGAAGGCACAGAACUCGGCUUGCUGAGGUUAAUGAAGAUGGUAUGACAAGUGCUGAUGAUGAUGUAGACGAGAAUGAAGGGCUGGAAGACAAAAUAUAUGAAAGUGGGUGUGACCUGAUGGCGAAAUCACCAGACCUACGACACGCCACAGACUUGCCUCGGCCCGCCGGUGCAUACAGUGUUUCGCCCAUUGGCUCAUUUGUCUGUGAGAUGGGAAAUUGUGGAGCUAUAUUUUCUUCCAGGCAGGCUCUGAACGGGCACGCUCGUAUUCACGGAGGAACAAGUGCACCAAGUAAGGUGUUUCCAGUUCCAGGUAGCACUAGAACAAAGUCCAACAUUCAAAGUGGCUAUUGCUCAGUUAAAAGCUCUCCAGCUCACAGCAACACUAGCGGAGAGACAGAUACAUCCACAAUUUUUCCAUGCAAAGUGUGCGGCAAGGUAUUUUUCAAGAUCAAAAGCCGGAAUGCGCACAUGAAAACUCACCGGCAGCAAGAAGAGCAGCAGAGACAAAAAGCACAGAAAGCUGAUGUAGCAGCAAAGAUGGCAGACACCAUCGCAAGGACCAUAGUAAGGACUACGGUGUCUGCAGAGCACAUUCUGCCUUUUGAUCACCUAAGCCUUGUAAAAAGCAUGGAGCAAGACUUUGAUAAUGAUGUUGCUCAGGAUUUAGAGGAUGUCCUAGAAGACACAGACAUUAUUCAUGCUGAUCUCCUUUUGGAUGAUGAAGAUACUGAUUUACUUCAAGAUGGGGCUGUUCUGUAGGGAAACUGUUAGGGUCCACUGUGUUUUAAAAAAUAUAAGUUUACUUUUAGAGUGCCUAUUGUUAUCUCCAUAUAAAGAUGUUAUUUAUGUGUCAACCCUCAAAGGCUUAGUCAAAGCCAUAUGGGUUGUUUGGGUUCUGCUGAUUUAUACUGUAUGUUUUUGGUGCACCUUAUUGACACCUAAUAAAUGUCAGGUACCUUGAAGCACUU